AUGUCGACGCUUCUGUCUCAAUUUCCGAUCGAGUCUACCGCUGGCGCGGCCUUAAUUGGCACGUACCUCGCUGCAGUAAUGUACGGAUUCACAAUACUGCAAACCUACCAGUACUUCUCGAGGUACUGGGGGAAGGACAGAACUUACAUCUACGUCCUGGUCAUCACACUGACAAUUCUGGAUACCCUCGCACUCAUUUUCAACAUACACAUGAUGUGGCACUUCCUCAUCGCCAAUUACUGCAACCCAAUAACGUUUCUAUUCGCUGAUUGGAGCACGUUGCUCUCCAUCCUGACGAACGCGGUCACGGGGAUAAUCGUCCAGGCGUUUUACGCCUAUCGCUUAUGGAUACUGAGCGAUAGGAAGUAUUACCUGGCUUCUAUUCUUAUCAUUCUCUUGGGAAUGGGGGCCCUUGCGUCGUGUACUGUGUAUAUGGCGUAUCUAUUCAAAUUUGGGACAUUCCUCCAGGUUGUCAGAUUGGCAGCUGUUCUGCAGUACCUCCCAACCAUGUAUUAUUCGUUUUCCAUCGGCGCUGACGCGCUCAUCACGUUCGGAAUCACGUACCUGCUCGUCAAGAAUCAUAGCGAUGGGGUGAGGAGCUUCAGGACGGACAACGUAAUUCGCAAGUUAAUCGCCUACACACUCAACGCUGGCGCAAUUACAACAUUGUGUUGUGUUAUUUCCCUGAUACUCUGCCGAGCGCUUCCUCAAACAUAUUACGAUCUCCUUUUCUCCUUACCACUUAGCAAGCUCUACGUCAACUCGAUGCUCGCAUUCCUCAAUGCCCGCGAGGGUCUGCGCAAAAAGGGAGGAUCAAUUGCUGUGAACCUUACGACCUCCAAGACGACCUCUUAUGAGAUGGAUACCAAGAUUCGAGACAGGGGAAACGAACCGGAAAACAGACCCAGCAGUCCGUUUAGCCCCUUCUUCUCGUCGGCCCCCAAGUCUGCGUCUGCUUAA